UAUUUUUUUGUGUACACACACGCUCUUGCCGUCAUCCACAGAGCUUGGUUUUACAAUAUAUAUAUAUAUAAAGAUCCACAUCAGCAACAAUGGCCGGAAAGAAAAGCGAUACGAAUAACCAAAAGCACGAAAAGGCUGACGCCUCUGUGUCUGCAGCAGCCCCGAGCAAGGCAUCCACCAAAAAUAAGCAACAGUCUUCUGCUGAAGUCAUCACUGACUUUCCCCGCGGUGGCUCGAGCGGCCUGACACCCCUUGAGUUCCGCGAAGUCUCUCGGCAGGCCGAACGCGAGGUUCUUUUUACUGAUGGCGUUAUCAGCAGCCAGGCCGACAAAAAGAAGCGCCGUCACGACAUUGGCAGCGACAACGAAUCUGCGGCGACCACCACCGGUGAUAAGAAAAAGUCAAAAAAGAAGAGCAAGAAGCUCGCUGACGCAGGUGCCGACGCCGAUAUUGAUAAGGUCAACCCAGUUGAGCAUCUGUCUUUUAAAAAGCUUGCAAAGGGCGCUCUGAUUUUGGGCUGCGUCGCUGCUGUCCAGGAUCUUCAGCUGCGCAUAUCGCUGCCCAACGGCCUGAUCGGCAGUGUGCCCAUCACAUCCAUAUCUCCCGAGCUCACCGCACUGGUCGAAAAGGCAGCCGAGGACGAUGAGGAUUCUAUGGAUGUCGACUCGGAAGAGGGAGAGGAGAACGAUCCGCUCAAUCUGAGAUCUCGGUUCUUUGUUGGGCAGCUUGUAAAGUGUGUCAUCACUGAGCUCGGUGACUCCACCCCAGCCAGCAAGAAGAAGCCCAAGUCCAAAGCAGCCACUACUCGCAUUGAGUUGACGCUGAUGCCGGAGGAGAUCAACAACCGCAUCGACAUUGAGGACAUGUGCGAAGGAUUGAUCCUGACUGCCAGCGUCAAGAGCGUCGAGGACCGCGGCUACGUCCUCAACACUGGUCUUCCCGGAGACAACAUUACCGCUUUUCUGCCGACAGAGGCUGCCCAAGCCUGGCUGGACCGCUGGAUGCCUCAAUCCACCGAGCUCAAGGUUGGCCAGCUGGUCGAAGCCUCUAUCACCAAUGUCACCGACAACCACCGCACUCUGCGUGUCACCCUUGAUCCCGCCGUCGUGGGCCAGUCGCUUGUCAAGGACACCUACAGGACCAUGGCUUCGGUGCAGCCCGGUCAGCUUGUCUCAGCAAACAUCAUGAAGAUCUGGGACCGCGGCCUGUCUAUGCGCUUCAUGGGCUUCUACGACUGUACUGCGGAUUUGACCGGAAUUGGCAUGCUCGAUGCGCGCGACAGCAAGGAUGUUGAGAAGAGUUUCAAGCUUGGCCAAACUAUCUCUGUGCGUGUGGUCUACGUCUCGCUGACCGCAGCUGCGAAGAUAAUUAUUGUGUCCGCCCUGCCGCACAUUACCGCGUUCACCCCGCGCCCCGCCCUCACCUGCUUUGAGCUCCCCGAAGCUGCGCGCCUGGCCACAGGCAUCAGCGAUACGGAGUUUGUCCCCGGCACAGACGAAAAGCUCUGGCCUAUCCCCUACGGCACGAUCAUCAAUGACUGUGUUGUCGCCAAUAUUGUCUCUAACCUUGGUCUCGUUUUGCAAAUCCCCGGCGCCCUGUCGGUUCGCGCGUUUGUGCCUGCCGCGUAUCUUGUCGAAGAUGGCGACGCAGCGCCCACGCUUAACCGCCACAUUGGUCGCUUCCGCAUUGAAACUCGCCAUCGCGCGCGUGUUAUCGGCUACGACGCCAUGGACGCUGUCAUCCGCGUCUCGCUGCGGCCGUCUGUUGUCGACGAAAAGUAUUUUACUAUUAACGACGUGUUCCCCGGCGCCAUUAUCAACGGCACUGUCAAGCGUCUUUUGGACAAGGGUGCUGAGGUUGUUAUUUCGUCGAACCUGAUUGGAUUUGCACACAAGCAGGAGCUGUCUGACACCAAGCUCAAGCACCCCGAGCUCCAGUUUAAGGCCGAGAAGAAGGUGACUUGCCGCGUGCUCAAGAUCUUGCAUGAGAAGCGCAGCGUUCUACUGACCUGCCGCAAGAGCUUGGUCCAGUCCAAGCUGCCCACUGUCUUUGGCUAUACCGAGGCCGAGGGCGCCGUGCCCGGCACAAUCACUAUGGCCACCGUUGAUCGCCUUGUUGCCGGCGGCGCCGUUAUCAACUUUUACCAGGGUGCCCACGGCUUUGUGCCCACUGGCACUAAGCAGCUGGCGGUUGGCCAGGCGGUCAAAUGCCGCAUUCUGUCAGCCAACGCCGAGAAGCGUCGCAUUUCAGCCACCCUCGACGUCGAUGAGAAUUCCGAGCUGUCCGAGCUGGUGGAUAGGUCGAAGAUCAGGGCAAAUAAUGAGUUUAGCACCGACCUAUCGCAAGUGACUACGGGCCAGGUUGUCGGUGGCUCAGUCACCCGCGUUGCCGAUGGCUAUGUUACCGUCCGUCUUGAUGGCAGCAACCUGCGCGCCUCGAUGUCUGUGGCCCACCUCAGCGACCACCGCGGCACUAUUUUGGAUAAGAUUGUUGCGCGCACGAUCGAAGGCACCCGCCUGCCUGAGCUUGUCAUCACGAGCAUCGUUGAGAAGAGGGGCCGCAUUGCUGUCAGCGCCAAGCCUGCCCUGAUUAAGGCCGCUAAGGCUGGUAACCUGCCUGCCACUGCCAAUGAUAUCACUGUCGGCCAGACGAUGGUGGGCUGGAUCAGCAACACCGCCACGUUUGGCGUCUUUGUCAACUUCCCCGGGAUGAUCACCGCUCUGGCCCCGCUCGACAUGCUGGCUGACCGCUACGUCGCGGCUCCUAGCGAUCUGUUCUUUAAGGACCAGACCGUCAUUGCCUCGGUGGUCGGCAUCGAUGAGUCUGAAGACGGAAACAAGGUGCGCGUUGCGCUCAAGAGCUCAGUUGUCGACACGGCGGCCACUGGCUUCCUCGGCGCUGCUGACUACUUGCUCGGCUAUUUCAACGAGAUCGAGAGCGCUGCGGGCUCGUCGGCCUUCGAUUGCAUCGGUGCCCAGGCUCUGGUCACUGUCAAGCAGAAGCACCCCUACGGACUGGUUGUUUCUCCCGCCAGCGGCGGCAAGCUCUCGGAGUCGUCGUCGGGCUUUAUUACCAUCAACCAGGCUAAGGAUCGCAUUGAUGAGUGCUCCGAAGGCACGACCGUUGCGGCCUGCGUGCUGGACGUUGACGCCGAGAAGAACAUUGUCGAUUUUUCACUGCGCAGCGUCCUUGUGUCCGAGGCAUCCGGCCUUGAGGACGCGUCAAAGGCCAACGGCAGCGUCUCCGCGGACAAGAAGAUGGCCAAGUUGCAGGCCAAGAUUGACGCCAAGAUCGACACCAGCCGCAAGGGCCUGCGGGAGGCGGUGAAGAAGAGCCAGGAGACCCAGCUUGUCAUUGAGAUCGUCAAGGAGGACUACUUGGUCCUUUCGAUGCCUCUGUUUGGUAACACCAUUGCCUUUGCAGCCACAAAGUCCUACAACGACUGCUCCAAGCCCUUCAUGCGCUUCAAGGUUGGCCAGCGCCUGAACGGCACUCCUGUGCGCGCUGCGGCCGAGGGCAAGCGCACGCUGGUUCUGCUGCAGCGCGGAUCCGACAGACUGUCUGAAGAGGGCUCGGGCAAUGGCGACAAGGCCAAGCGCGCGGCUGUCAAGCCUGUUGACUCAGCAAUCAACUUCUUUGAGGACUACCAGCCCGGCGUCAUGACAAAGGCUAUUGUCAGCGGCAUCAAGGGCGGACAGGCCAACCUGAACCUUGCCUCGAAUGUCAAGGGCCGUCUGCACAUCACUGAGCUCCUGGACGACUAUGCCGCGGUUGCUGAUGCCAAGUCUCCUGCCGAUGUGUUCGCUGCUGCCGGCGUUCGCGUGGGUAUGACCAUCGAUGUCAAGGUUCUUGGCUGGCACGAUGCCAAGGUUUAUAAGUUCCUGCCGAUCACGCAUCGCGCAUCGCCCAUGAAGACGGUAAUUGAGACCACGGUCAAGCCCUCUGAGAUGGCCACUGAGUCGGGCAAAGUGCUCACAAACGACAUUCGUCUCGCCACCCCGAAGACCAUCGCGGCUGGACAGGUUAUCCACGGAUUUGUCAAGGGCAUUUUGGAGGCUAGCGGCUCGCGCACCGCCUCAGUGAUGGUCAUGCUUGGCCUGUCGCUCAUCGGAUAUAUGCCCAUUCUGGCCGCAACCAGCAGCUACAAGGUUGCGACGCACCCCGGUCGCUUCUUUAUCCCUGGCAUGCCCAUCAAGGUCCAGGUCGCAGCUGUGGACUCCAACGGCAAGUCAGUCACUGUUGUCCCCCACGGCAACUACAUUGCCAAUGUCGAAAAGCCCCUGUCUUCGAUCAAGCAGCUUGUGCCUGGAGCCCACGUUGUCACAUCGGUGACUGCCAUCAACCCAUCGGCCAUCUUCACCGGGUUCAGCCUGGUGCUCACUGAAGGCGAGGACAACCUGCCCCGCGUUGUGCAUGUCCAUGGCAACAUUAGCCAGUUUGACGUCUCUGACAAGCUCACGGCUACGCCAUUCAAGGAUUUCACUAAGGGUAAACUUCUCGACGCCGUUGUCGUCAGCGUGGAGAAUAGCGAAACUCCCGAAAACAUGAGGGCCAUCCUGUCGCUGCGCCAGUCGGCCCUCACCCCUGAAAAAUACACGCCUAGUGAUAUUGCGGACCCUGUCAUCGGUUCUGCCGCUGAUGUGUCUCAUGGACAGAUUGUUCAUGGGUUUAUCAAACAGACCAGCGAGAUCGGGUGCUUCAUUGUUAUUGGUCGCAACAUGUCUGGUCGCGCCAUCAUUAGUGAGCUCUCUGACGAGUACGUUCGCGAUGUCAAGGCCGCCUUCCCUCCUGGAAAGUUUGUCACCGCCGCGGUUAUUGACAGCAACCACUCUGCAAACAAGAUCUCCCUAUCCCUCCGCGCCUCGCGUGUUGGCGGCAUCGCCGGCACCGAUGGUGACAAGCUGCGCCGUCUGGAUCAGAUCAACAUUGGCGAGACCCUCAAGGGCACGAUCACUCGCAUUGAGGACUACGGUGUCUUCAUCAAGCCCGACAACUCCUUUGUCACCGGCCUAUGCUACUUGCGCGAGAUUGCUGACAGCGAUGUGCCGGUCAACCCUAAGACGCUGUACGAGCUGGGCGACCGCGUUCUCGCCAAGGUUCUCAAGGUCGAUGCUUCUGCCAACCGUCUUGCGCUGGGCCUCAAGGCCUCGUAUUUUGCCAAGGAGGAUGGCGACGACAGCGACGACGAGGAUGAUGAGAUUGAGGAGUCGGAUGAUGAGAAUGAGACGAGCAACGCCGAGUCUGCUGACGAGGACACUGAGAGCGACGAGGACGAGGAGUCGGAUGACGAUGAGAAUGUGAACGACAGCGAUGUUAUCGUGCCUGAUUCUGACUCUGAUGCUGAGUCUGGCUCGGACUCUGACUCUGACUCUGACGUUGAGAUGGAGGAUGUUUCGAAGCCCGCGUUGGCCGUCUCCGGCGGAUUCCAGUGGGAGGAGGACAGCAACGAUGAGGCCGAGCGCGACUCUGCUGCCGGCAGCGACUCUGACAGUGACGACUCUUCCGACGACGAGAACGACGAGGCCCAGCAGCAAAAGAAGAAGACCAAGCGCUCCAAGUUGCAAAAGAUCUCCCAGGACAUCACCGCUGAACUCUCCGAGCAGGCUCCCACUAGCUCCUCGCACUUUGAGCGCUUGAUCGUCGGGUCGCCCAACUCGUCGUUUGUGUGGCUGCAGUUCAUGGCCUACUAUCUGGGACUGUCCGAGGUCGACCAGGCACGCGCGGUCGCUGAGCGCGCGUUGAAGACCAUUUUGCCGAGCGAGGAGCAAGAGAAGAUGAACGUGUGGGUGGCCCUUUUGAACCUCGAGCACCGGUUCGGCACUAAGAGCACGCUCGAUGAGGUGCUGAAGCGCACUGUUCAGUUCAUGAACCCCAAGCACGUGUACUUGCAGAUGGCCAAGAUUUACGAGAGGGCGGACCAGUUUGCUGAGGCUGAGAGCAUGCAUAGGGUUGCCAUCACCAAGUUCGCGGGAUCCUGCAAGGUGUGGGUUCUGUUUGGUCUGUUUUAUCUCAAGAACAACAAGGUCGCCGAGUCCCGCGACCUGCUGGCUCGCGCCCUCAAGUCGCUGCCUAAACGCAAGCACAUCAAGGCCAUCACACAGUUUGGUCAGAUGGAGUUCAAGCACGGCGAGCCCGAGCGCGGAAGAACCGUGUUUGAGGGCAUUCUGGGCACGUACCCCAAGCGCGUCGAUCUGUGGUCAGUCUACCUGGACAUGGAGGUCAAGGCGGUGACCAUCCACGGCCUGGACGAGUCGGACAAGAGUGGCCGCUGCUGGGACGCCACGCGCAACCUAUUUGCGCGCGUCACCUCGAUGAAGCACUCUUCGAAGAAGAUGAAGUUCUUCUUUAAGAAGUGGCUGGCCUUUGAGAAGAUGCACGGCUCGGACGACACUAUCGAACAUGUGAAGGAAAAGGCUCUCGAGUAUGUCAACUCACUGAGCUCGUAAUAUGUUCAGAUAUUUUGGUAUUAUGUUUUUUCGUUUCAUUCUAUUUGUUUUAAUUUAGCUUAGCUUAGCUUUAAACCUCUCAUUUUGGCUUCAACUUUAUCG